UCCGGCGGGGGCGGCCGAGGGGAAGAGUGAGUGUCUGUGCGGGAGAAAGGAGAUUCUCGAGAGAGGUCUCGAAACCCCCGAGGAGUGGAGGCCCCAGCCUGGAGCCCUGCAGUGUAUGUGUGGUAACACCAUGUCUGUGCCCCUGCUCACGGAUGCUGCCACUGUGUCUGGAGCUGAGCGGGAAACGGCUGCGGUUAUUUUUUUACAUGGACUUGGAGACACAGGGCACAGCUGGGCUCACGCCCUCUCCUCCAUCCGGCUUCCUCAUGUCAAGUACAUCUGUCCCCAUGCGCCUCGGAUCCCUGUGACACUCAACAUGAGGAUGGUGAUGCCAUCCUGGUUCGACCUGAUGGGGCUGAGUCCAGAUGCCCCAGAGGAUGAGGAUGGCAUCAAAAAGGCCGCAGAGAAUAUCAAGGCCUUGAUUGAGCAUGAGAUGAAGAAUGGGAUUCCUGCUAAUCGAAUUGUCCUGGGAGGCUUUUCACAGGGAGGGGCCCUGUCCCUCUACACUGCCCUCACCUGCCCCCACCCUCUGGCUGGCAUUGUGGCGUUGAGCUGCUGGCUGCCUCUACACCGGGCCUUCCCCGAGGCAGCCAAUGGCAGUGCCAAGGACCUGGCCAUCCUUCAGUGCCACGGGGAGCUGGACCCCAUGGUGCCUGUACGGUUUGGGGCCCUGACAGCUGAAAAGCUCCGGUCUGUUGUCACACCUGCCCGGGUCCAGUUCAAGACGUACCCAGGUGUUAUGCACAGCUCCUGCCCUCAGGAGAUGGCAGCCGUGAAGGAAUUUCUUGAGAAGCUACUGCCUCCUGUCUAACUAGUGGUGGCCCCCAGUGUGGUCCCCCAGCUGGUGAGGGACUCAGCACAUGCGGCAUCAUCUUGGAUCUGAGCCGGUCGAGCCCCCAUCCCCACUUUCCUUAACUUGCCCUCUGCCACUGGCCUUGGGGCAGACAGACCCAGGUAUGGCCCAGCUCGCACUCCUGGCCUCAGCCACCUGGCACCGUCUGCAGCAGAGGGCGGGCUGCUUUCUUACCCUGUAUUCCUAGAGGCGGCCCCCCCCUCCCCACAGCAGUAUUGGAGGGGCUGUAGGCAGCGGGAGGAAGGGGCCCAGCCGCUGACCCACUCACUCAGGACCUCACUCACUAGCCCCGCUUCUGGCCCCCCUCCUGUGACCUCAGGGUUUGGCCCACGGGGCCCCUUCCAGGCUCCACCUACUGACCCCCCAGGGAUUCUGCCCAGAUAAUCUGUGUCCUCUCCAGCUGCUUCUCAAUCAUGAAUGUGUUCAGGGCCUGCCCCCUUGCUGCUGUGGGCUCCCUGCCCCUGGGCAGGAAUGUUGGUGAGGGGGUAGAGCCCUCCCAGGGGCCUUCCCUCAGCUCUUCCCUCACCCUGGGGGCUGGGCCCACCUCCCCUGUCUGCUCCUUCCUUGCAGGCCUGGAGUCUGCAGGGCUGGACUGAGGCUCAAGGUCUACCCCAGCUGUGUCCCCCACACUUUGUUCACGCUCUCUGGCCAAGGAGGUUGUGGGGGUUGUGUCUGUCUUCUGUCUCCAUGUGGUUUGGGGUAUUUUUCUUGUUGUGUCCUGAAUUCCAAUAAAAUGAGAGAGACUGCUUCCUC